UGGAGGGUGCCUUUUGCUGGAAAUACUCUGUCACUUUCUGAUUUGACAACUUGGGUUGGGAUUUAAUACUCCAUCAAAUUCGAUUCAGUUUCAUUUUCUAACAUGGGAGAUGUAGCUAAGGACCUAACAUCUGGAACCGUGGGAGGAGCUGCACAGUUGAUAGUUGGGCACCCUUUUGAUACCAUCAAGGUGAAGCUUCAGAGCCAGCCUGCUCCGCUCCCCGGUCAACCGCCUAAGUUUUCUGGUGCUAUGGAUGCUGUGAAGCAGACUGUAGCUGCUGAAGGCCCCAGGGGCUUGUAUAAGGGUAUGGGGGCUCCACUAGCCACUGUGGCAGCCUUCAAUGCUGUCCUCUUCACUGUGAGAGGGCAAAUGGAGGCAUUACUGAGAUCAGAGCCUGGCGCCCCCCUCACGGUUAACCAGCAGGUCAUUGCUGGGGCUGGGGCUGGAGUUGCUGUCUCAUUCUUAGCUUGCCCCACUGAAUUGAUCAAAUGCAGAUUGCAAGCCCAGAGUGCGUUGGUGGCCGACGCUGGCUCAGCUACUGUGGCAGUGAAGUAUGGAGGGCCAAUGGAUGUAGCCAGGCAAGUGCUGCGAUCCGAAGGUGGUGCAAGGGGUCUCUUCAAGGGCUUGGUUCCCACCUUGGCUCGUGAGGUUCCCGGAAAUGCUGCAAUGUUUGGUGUUUACGAAGCAUUGAAGCAGUACAUGGCAGGAGGGACUGACACAUCAAAAUUGGGAAGAGGAUCGUUGAUUGUAGCCGGAGGCUUGGCGGGAGCUUCGUUCUGGGGCUCUGUCUACCCAACUGAUGUUGUCAAGAGUGUGAUCCAAGUAGAUGAUUACAAAAAUCCGAAAUACAAAGGCUCCAUACAUGCCUUUAGGUCCAUCUUAGCAUCAGAGGGAGUGAAAGGGCUUUACAAAGGGUUCGGCCCCGCCAUGGCACGAAGCAUCCCUGCAAACGCAGCAUGCUUCUUGGCAUAUGAAGUGACAAGGUCUAGUUUAGGCUAAUCAAUCGUUGUUGUUGUGGUUAAAAACUUAAAAUUGUUAUCAUAUUUGCUUCUGUUGAUGUUUAAAUUCUGGUGACAGGGUCUCCAUUCUUCAA